CCCCUGCCGAGCCGGAGCCCUUCGUGCCGCCGCACCUGCGCGACGACUUUCCGUACGACAUCCGCGUGGUGCAUUCUGGCCUGGUUAACCUGCCGCCGCCCGAUGUCAAUGGCGUGCAGAUGCAGCCGGGCCCGCUGUCAGAGCUGGAUCGGCGCCCCGGCUCAUACGGGGACCCGCUGACCGGCGUCGGCGCGGACGCGCCGCUCUGGGAGCGCGUGCAGGGCGGCUCGGACGGCGUGGCUGCCGCGCUGGCCGGGGCCGUCCUCUUCGUCACGGCGGCGUUGGUGGCCACAGCGGCGGUCUCCUCUGACGGUGUCGGCUGGCAGGAGCUGCUUGGGCGCAGCCUGGCCGGCCAUCCGGCAGACCCGGCUGACGGUGGCAUCCUGGACAUCGUCCGGACGGUGGAGGCCGCCCUGUAUCCUCAGCAGGAUGGCUGCCUCCGCUGGCAACUCUGUCGUAUGGGGCAGUCGUCCAGCUGGCAGCCGCUCCAGUCAAUGUUGGGCGCGGGCGUGGCCUGGUUCUCGGAUAACUCGGAGGACGAGGUGGACCUAAUGGCGAAGCUGAAGGCGGUGGCGGAGGGCGCAAUGGCUGGCGACUGUCGGGCCUACCCACGCUGUUCGCGCUAGCGCCGUCACGCCGGUCGUCUGCUGACCGGCCGGCAACGCACAGCGACCAACAUCGGGAGAGAGGGUGUGUGUGAGAGAGAGGUAGAGAGAGAGAGAGAGAGAG